AUGGAAGACUCAAAUCAGACGACUCCAAGAGGAUUCAUCCUCCUUGGCCUGUCCAAUGUGCCGUAUCUCCAGGUCAUCUGCUUUAUUGUGUUCUUGAUAAUGUAUAUGAUGGCGUUAUCCGGGAACGUUCUAGUGCUCAUUCUGGUAAAGAUCAACUCAAAGCUCCACACUCCUAUGUACUUUUUCUUGAGUAAUCUCUCCAUAAUUGACAUCUGCUUCUCCUCCACCAUUGUGCCUAAAAUUUUAAUAAACACUCUUUCCAAAGACAGAAGCAUUUCUCUGGUGGGAUGUGCACUUCAAAUGUAUUUCCAUUUGGCACUGGGAGCAACAGAAUGUGUCAUUCUUGCCGUCAUGGCCUAUGAUCGAUUUGCAGCCAUCUGUAGACCACUGCACUAUCAAACAAUUAUUAACAAGAAGAUAUGUGUUUGUUUAACUUCUAUGUCAUGGGUUGUGGGCUUUGGCAAUUCCACUGUUCAUGUGCCCCUUUUUUUUCAAGUGCCCUUUUGCAAAUCCCACCAUGUCAACCACUUCUUCUGCGAGAUGCCACCUUUUUUUCAACUAUCCUGCAAAGAUACUCGUCCAAAUGAAAUAGCCAUGAACAUUGCAGCACAGAUCAUUGUCUUGUGUUCAUUCUUAUGGACACUAAUUUCAUAUAUCCAAAUCAUCUCCACAGUCUUCAAAAUUAAUUCAUCACAAGGGAGAGAUAAAGCUUUCUCCACAUGUGCCUCCCACCUCACUGUUGUGUUCCUGUACUAUGGGACUAUCAUCUUCAUGUACCUCAAACCUCGUUCUGCACACUCUCCUGACAUAGACAAGACCGUGUCCAUUCUAUAUACAGCAGUGACUCCAAUGUUGAACCCCAUAAUCUAUAGCAUGAGGAACAAGGAUGUCAAAAAUACCAUCAAAAUGAAACUGUCUAGGAAUUCAAACCAUUAA